GGAAAGAAACGUUCUCAAAAUACACGGGCUUAUAUUCGUAAAAAGGGCAAGAGGGAAUCUUCGUCCACUUGGCAUAUAGAGCUUAACACGACUUUGAAAGACUUCGAUCCAUUCCGGUAGACGCCCCCCCCUCCAAAAAAAAGAGAAAAAAGAUGAAGACGAGUCUCUGCUACCUCCUCUUGUAUUUCUUCCAAUUCCAGCAAAACCUUGUCUCACAACAAGUGGGCAUCCACCUUCUGCAAGAAUCUCCCCCGUCAUUGAAGAUUCAGAACUGCGAAAGCGACGGGAAAUGUUCCGAAAUACGAAUGAGCGUCACUCUUGAUGCCGAUAUCCGACCGCUCCAAGUCCUCCAAGGGAUGGAGAGCUGUAUCACUGACGAGGAGAAGGCUUGGGAUCGAAGGUAUUGUGCGGACAGCGAACGGUGCGCCGAACAAUGUUCACUGGGCGGUGUUAAAUAUAAGGCGGUCCACGGGAUCACUACCGAUGAUCAUACCCUCAAGCUCAGAUUAUUCACUCACGGAAAACUGACUGAAUCUAGGGUUUAUCUCUUGGCCGACCAGAAACAUUAUCAGUUAUUUCAUCUCAAAAAUCAACAGUUCUCGUUCGAGGUCGAUGCUUCUAAGGUUCCUUGUGGCGUCAAUGCCGCUCUCUACUUCACCUCGAUGAAAGCUGACGGCGGGUUGUCGCGCACUAACAAGGCUGGCGCAAUGUAUGGAACUGGAUAUUGUGACUCCCAAUGUCCCACUGCGCUCAGGUUUAUCAACGGACAAGCGAAUAUUGAAGCUUCUGGGGAGCCGGGAGAGCAAGUGUUUAAAAGUAUGGGGGCAUGCUGUCCCGAGCUAGAUCUAUGGGAAGGGAACGGAAUGGUCCAGGCAUAUGGGGCCCAUCCAUGCGUCUUCCCAAGCAUGACGACCUGUGAGGGGGAGGACUGCACAUCCAAGGGUGGGCUAUGUGAUCAUUCUGGAUGUGGACUUGCGUCGCAGAGGGUGGAUCAGAAUACUUUCUACGGGCCCAACAAGACGAUCGACACCCGUCACAAGUUCACCGUCGUCACUCAGUUCCUUACCUCGAAUGCAACCACUCAGGGAGAGCUGGUCGAGAUCAAACAGUUCUAUAUCCAACAUGGAGUCCUCAUCAAGCAUCGGGGCAUCAAGCUUCCCGGACAAGACUCGUCGCUCAACUCGAUCACCGAUGCGUUCUGUUCGAUCAUGAGCAACACGACUGGAACCGGGAGCGCGUUCCGAAGGACCGGCGGGCUGGAGGCGAUGGGACGCGCUAUGGAGAAGGGAUUGGUGCUCGUGAUGGGGCUUUGGACUGACGAAGUCACUGACUCCUUAGGAUCAAUACAGAAAAUACCCGCUACUAGGAAAAAUUCUCUCAAGAGAAUCAAUCAACUCGUUUGUCCUGAAGAAACUCGCACCCAGCCUUUCAUUCAAAAACAUCAUCCUCACGCGUCCGUUCUAUUCUCAAAUAUCAAAGUCGGACCUAUCACAAACUUCCCCUAUAAUGAUCUGCAGGAUUAUAGUUACCAACAUCAGGUCCAUGCUAAUGAACACACAAUCAUUUAACUCACUUUUCUUUCCUCUCUCGUAAUUUCUGUAGGAUCAUAUUAUGUUUAACAAUUCUGAAUAUUUACAAUAAAAUUCAUGCAUUUGUUUCCACUUAUGUAUCUACAUGAAUCCCAAAAUCACAAGCAUAAAUACUGAUAUAUUUUGCCCUUAUCUAGCUCAUAUUGGUAGUUCUAGCUUUC